AUGAAGUGCAUUGUGGUUCUGUCGCUCGCUGUGGCCGUUGUCGUUGGUCAGCACUCUGAGGAGAAGUACGGACCGCCCGCUCCCUACGCGUACUCGUACGCCACUGAGGACGCCGAGGGCUCGUCCUCGGCUGAACAAUCGACCGAUGGCACCGGACGUGUGACUGGAAAAUACACUAUCUCGUUGGCUGAUGGUCGUACCAGGACCGUGACAUACUGGGCCGACGAAACUGGAUUCCAUGCCGAUGUUGUGACCAACGAACUCGGAACCGAGUCGAAAAACCCAGCUGAUGUGACCAUUCAGUCAUCUGCUCCUACUGGGGCCGAAGCUGCUCUCGCCGCCGAGCCCCAGCGUCUCAAGCCAAAAGCCUCGUACGCUGCCCCUGUCUACGCCAGCGCACCGGCUGCUUACGUCGCUGCUCCGGCGUACGCGGCUCCCGUCGCCGCUCCCGCAGCGUACGUCGCUGCGCCCGCUCACUAUGCGCCCGUGCAUGCUCGGUACUACAAGAAGCGAGCGUAG